AUGUCUAGCCUGACGACCAAGAGCAGCGCUAGUAGGUCGCUGCAGGCGGCGGAGCUCGUCGACACAAGGCUGUCGCUCGUGAUCGGCACCGGGAGCCAACCGCCGCCGGUGCAGGCCCCUCUACUACCGCCAGAGGCAGAGGGACGUGUGCCGGGAAAUACUGGAAGGAAGAAAGGGGAGAAGUGGAUAGUAGGCGGUAGUACAAGGCAGCAUGGCAAGAGGGCAAGGGCUGCGCACGGCGGCAGCGACGUCGACGAUGGCGACGACGGAGGGGACGCAGCCGGCCGCGCGAGGAAGAAGCUCCGGCUCACCGCGGAGCAGGCGGCGCUGCUGGAGAAGAGCUUUGGUCACAACACAAUAUACACAUUAGUCCUGAUUGUGUAA